AUGUACGAAAUUCCAAUACCUCCGGCGGUGCUAUCAACCACAAAUUUCAUGGAAGUUGAAGUUGAGAGUUCAACUAUGGCAACUGUUACGGUGGAUAAGCAUGCGUUGCUUGUGGCCAAAAUUGUGGCUAUGGUGUGGUAUUGUAUUGUGGUGACUGUGGUCUGUGGCAGUUUACCCUACAUGCUGGAUCGUUGCCUGGAAUGGACUAAAAAAGAUCCCGAAGAGACGCGCGCUUCGACUGCGGUGCGCUGUCUGCUCUACUUUGGUGGUGGUGUCUUGCUUUGCACCACAUUUCUCCACAUGUUGCCGGAAGUGAUAGAAGUGGUUGAGCUAUUGCAGCACUUUCAUUUCAACGAUCACAACUUGCUGGUGGCGAAAAUUGUGGUUAUUGUGGUGCUGUUGGUGGUCACAUUAAUUUUUUGCUUUCUGCCCUAUGUGCUCAACCGUUGGUUCAAAUGGACGCAGCGGGCGAAGAGCAAUGCACGCGAGUUUCUGGCUGUCCUUUGCCUAUUGAAUUUCGGUGGCGGUGUCCUUAUUGCCACAACAUUUAUACACAUCCUGCCGGCUGUUGUUAGUGUUGUGGGUGCCCUGCAAAAGUGUGAGAUGUUGGCUAACACGCCGUUCGCCCUGCCCGAGAUGCUGAUGUGCACGGGUUUCUUUCUGAUGUACGCCAUCGAGGAGCUCAUGUACUUUAUUGUGGGCAGGCGACAGAAGCGUAAACAGAAGGCCAUCCAAGAGGCGCUGCAAGUGGCCAUGGAACAAGUAGCCGAACCGGAGGAAAAGGUCGAGCUGGAGUUGGGCGAACAAGUCGAACCGGAGCAGCCGAAUUGGCUGCGUGGCCUGGGCAUCAUUGUGGCCCUCUCGCUGCACGAACUCUUUGGCGGCAUGGCCAUUGGCCUGGAGGAGACCGUGGAUACGGUCUGGUUUAUGUGCGCUGCCAUUGCAGUCCACAAGCUCGUCUUAGCCUUUUGCAUUGGCAUGGAGAUUAUGAUGGCCCACACACGUUGGCUAAUUGCUGUCAUUUAUCUAAUUGUCUUCUCCAUCGUCACGCCCAUUGGCGUGGGCAUUGGCAUUGCGAUCACAGAGAAUACCAGCGCGAAUCAUCCGAGCAUUCCGGCGGGCAUCCUACAAGGCAUCGCCUGCGGCACCCUGCUCUAUGUCGUCUACUUUGAAAUUGUGGCCAAGAAUCACGCGGGCUGGCGCAUAUUUCUCUGCUCUCUUGGCGGCUUUCUGCUCAUGUUUGGCUUGCAAAUUGGAGUUGUUGAAGCUGCUGGCAAAUCUGCAUAUGUUUGCCCCUCGAAUAAGAGCUAA